UUUGUGUUUUUUAUAGAAGAACCAGACAAGAGUGAUGAGAUGUUGCCCAAGUUUUAUGAUUUCCAGAGGAAAGCUGACAUGUAUUAUGCUUACCAUUCCAUUCAGAGAUACACAGAUGAACCUUUUACGUCACAUCUUCCGGAGGCGUUGUUUAACAUUUCACGUUACUUGUUACAUCAGAUGCAUGAUAACAUUCCACAUGGUAUAUCUAAAGCUGGCACAUUAUAUGCACUAGCGAAGCAGAGUAAGAACCUAGGGGCGUAUAAACUAGCUCGAUAUGCCUACGAGAAGCUACAGAACACUCGAGUUCCACCAAGGUUCCAGGAGGCAGUAGAUCUAGGGAGUAUCAUUAUCAGAUCUAAGCCCUUCUUAGAUGGGGAGGAGUUGUUGCCUAUGUGUUACAGAUGUUCAACGACUAAUCCACUACUGAAUAAUGGAGGUAGUCAGUGUAUCAACUGUAAACAACCAUUCGUACAUUCCUUUGUCUCCUUUGAGGUGUUACCCCUGGUUGAGUUUGUGUUAGAAAGUGGUAUAACAGAUGAGGAGGCCAUACAGAUUCUAGAUCUUUCUAUACCUAAGGAAAAGAAAGAGGAGAAAAAUUGGCAGGAAUCUAGAAUGGGCAAUAUGCAGUCACUGAGACUUGGAGAUGAAGCAGAGGAAGAGAUUGAAGAAGAGGAUCCUUUCUCUACCAAACUGAUGACCUUUGAUCAAGAGAGUACAGAGUUCAGACCUGUGAUUGUAAAUCGUAACGUGUUGAAGACGAUGUCGCGAGCAGACGUUUACAUCAGAAAAUGGCCGAAACCACUGCGCCAUCAAUAUUUCAGAUCACUGUUACCAGAUGUGACGAUAACAAUGUGUCCUAGUUGUUCAAAGUUGUUCCACACAGAUGAUUUUGAACUACAGUAUUUACAACAUGGUCACUGCCCGUUCUGCAGGCACAAAAUUGAAUCCUAGAUCUGACGUGGAAA